AUGGGCGGCUGGGCCGCGGCGCCAUGGCGGCUUGGUGGCUGCAGCGGGCGCGGCGGCCUCCGCGGCGCACUCAGGCGGCGGGGCAGCUGCCGUGCCGACGGUGGGGACCGGGCGGGGAGCCUGAGCGACCUGCUGCGGAACUCGGCGGGGGCCGCGGAGCGGGAGGCGGCGGCGGCGAAGCAGCGGCGGCCCCCGCGGGAGGGCACGGUGCUGCUGUUCCCCGGGCAGGGCAGCCAGUUCGUGGGGAUGGGCCGCGGGCUGCUGCGCUACCCCAGCGUGCGGCGCAUGUUCCACGUGGCCGAGACGGUGCUGGGCUACGACCUGCUCUCGCUGUGCCUGCGGGGGCCGCGGGCCGAGCUGGACCGCACCCGCCACUGCCAGCCCGCCGUCUUCGUCGCCUCCCUGGCCGCCGUGGAGAGGCUCAGCCACCGGCAGCCUAACGUGCUGGAGAGCUGCGUGGCCGCCGCCGGGUUCAGCGUGGGCGAGUUCGCGGCGCUGGUGUUCGCCGGAGCUCUGGACUUCGCCCAAGCGCUGUAUGCGGUGAAAGUGCGCGCCGAAGCCAUGCAAAAGGCCUCGGAAGCGGUUCCCAGUGGGAUGUUAUCGGUUAUUGGCAGCCCGGCGGCAAAUUACAAAUUUGCCUGCUCGGAAGCUCGUAAGCACUGCAAGUCGCUGGGCAUAGAAAACCCCGUGUGCGAGAUUUCAAACUACUUGUUCCCAGACAGCAGAGUCAUUGCAGGACACAUGCAGGCUUUGGAGUACUUGCAGGAGAAUGCCCGAAAAUAUUAUUUUACACGUACAAAAAUGCUUCCAGUCAGCGGUGCUUUUCAUACAAGACUUAUGGAACCAGCAGUAGAGCCCCUGGCUGAAGUCCUAAAAUCCAUUGAGAUUCAGAAACCACUUAUCUGUGUCUAUUCUAACGUUGAUAGCAAAAAGUACAUGCACUCAGAUCACAUUAAAAAGCUACUAGUCAAGCAGGUUGUUUCCCCUGUCAUGUGGGAACAGACCAUGCAUUCUGUAUAUGAAAGAAAGCAAGGAACAGAGUUUCCUUACACUUACGAAGUGGGGCCUGGGAAACAACUAGGAUCAAUUCUCAAAAAAUGCAAUUUAAAGGCCUGGAGACAAUAUGAACAUAUAGAUGCUUCAGAAGAUGAAGAAGCAGUGGAAAGUUAAAUAACUUUUUGAGAAAAACCCAUGUGGCUUGUUGUUUUUUUCUCCUUAGUUUAAAAAUAAAUUACUGUUCCCAAAACAGGAAGUCUUAAAUAUUAAUGGCUUCUCAUGGUGAAAAGAGCACCACAUACAUAAUUGCAGUGCGUAUUUGCCUUCCCCACGUGACUGCUCACGUGGCUCUGAUGUGGAAUAGGAAAGCAGCUUGCGAAAUUUGGCUUUUCCCUCUGUGUCAUGACUGCAAAAUGCCAAUAAACCUGCCAAUUAACAUUCUGUUUGGCCUUAAUGCUGCCAGCAACUUUUUUUUCCCUUCUUUUAUGUGUCUGUGUGUGUGUGUGUAUUUAAAUUGAAGUCAGUAGGUUUUGCUCUCUUUUGCAAGGAUCUUCUGCAUGAAUAUCAGUGUAGAACUGGACUGUGUGAUUGCAUUUCUGGAUUAUGGAGUGCUCUUUACUAGAGGCAAAGGUUCAUUUAGUUAAGCCAUUGGAUUGUUAAAACUUUCAGUACAUUUUUGUUUCUAAUUUCUAAGCUGAUUGACUCGUGGGACGAGCACGUGUGUACAAUUCUUUUAUUUGUCCUGUACAGCUGGUUACCAGUUGAGUAAGGCAAAAGAUAGAAGGAAUAAGGUUUCCUUAAAGGUAAACUAUAAAUAAAAAUUUUUUUGGUA